AUGGCCAGCAGCAGCCCCAGCCAGCCAGACACCCGGAGCCUGCGCAAGGUCCGCUUCGACUCCCUCGAGCCCAUCCGGGCCAUCUACCGCCGGGCCACCAAGGCCUUCGUGCUCAACCAGCACGGCCAGGUCUGGACGGCCAUCCACGACGGCCUCGCCCGGAUCGCCGGGCUGCUCCUGCCCAGGCCCCCGCCCGCCCAGCCGCCCUGCUGGCUCGCCCCCGCCGACGCCCGCCACCCGCCCUCGAUCGACAGCACCCUCGACCACGAGCUCCUCCAGCUCGAGCGCAAGUUCCUCAUCCUCAAGAUCACCUUCCUCGCCGCCCUCAGCCAGGCCCACCCCGCCCAGCGCCCGCCCUCUAUCUCCGCCGACCUCUCCGCCGACCAGGCCGGCCUGCUCGCCCCCUUCCUCCAGCUCGCCGACCACCCCCACCAGCUCCUCCUCCGCCUCAUCGCCGACAUCUGCCCCGCACCCCGCCUCCACCAGAUCCACCCCUCCAUCCUCGCCGCCAUCGGCCUCGCCUCCAUCAAGCUCUCCGUCCCCCAGACCGGCAAAGACCUCAUCCAGGCCUGCCAAUGGCAACUCGCCGCCGACUUCAUCCACAGCCACCUGUCCGCCGACAUCCUCCCCCCCGAAACCGUUGACACCCUCCUGGAGGCGCUCAAGACCGCCCAAGCCCACCAAGCCCAAGCCUCCAAACACACCCUCCACCGGCUCCACCAGCGCCGCGAAGAGCCCGAGGCGUCCCGGGCGAAGUACUCCUCCGGCUCGUCCGCCGGCAUACGGCCCAGCCUCGGCUCCCCCUCCUCGCCCGGGUACGCCGGCUUCCGCACCCGCCUCAGCCGCUUCGUCGCCGCCGACCCGGGCGCUUCAGCACCCCGCCUCCCCAUCGCCUCCGCCUCCCCCUCCGCCGCCGCUGCUGCCCUCAAAGCCUUCGUCUCGAGACUCCUCGCCCUGCUCAAGAUCCUCGUCACCCAUCUCCCCUGA